AUGUCCACCACCACCUUCCUCCUUGGAUUCUCUCAAACCGCCCGCGGCUCGGCCUCAUGUUCUCCGGCAAUUCAACCCUCCAAAGAUUUCCGAGGUUGCUGGUCUUCUGGGGCUCAAGCUCUUCGGGUGAAUUCUGGGCUUCGACUACGAUGCAAUGCUUUAUCCAAACCUCAAACCCAAGAAUACAUUGAUGUUCUUUUGAAUGGUUUGCCAUUAAUAAAGUGGCCUGAGAUUGUGGAGGAUGACACAGAAGGAGAAACUCUCAAUGUGGUUAGAACAGUGUCUACAUCAAGUAAUAAGAUUAAGGAACGUGUCGAUUCAAUCAGAUCAAUGUUGGCUUCCAUGGAUGACGGAGAGAUAAGCAUAUCGGCAUAUGACACAGCAUGGGUUGCUCUAGUAGAAGACAUUAAUGGAAGUGGUGUUCCGCAAUUCCCAACCAGUCUUCAAUGGAUUGCAAAUAAUCAGCUUCCUGAUGGUUCAUGGGGUGACAGUGACAUCUUUUCAGCUCAUGAUCGGAUAAUCAACACAUUAGCUUGUGUAAUUGCAUUGAAAUGGUGGAAAAUUCAUUCAGACAAGAGUGAAAUAGGUGAUUAG